GAUGUCGUAUAAGCACUAUUUAAUGCCAGCAAAAAUACGUUCUAUCUGUUUUAUGUAAAAGUUAGGACUUUUUCUGGGCUCUAAAGCUUUUACUCGACAACAUUAAAUUCUAUUUCAAAUAUUUCUUAACAACUGCCACUUUGUUAACGCAGACAAAGGAGCACCACGUCUUCUUUAUAAAAAUACAAAAAUUUACCGUAAUACAUAAUGGAGGCAUCUUCCGUUGAUUAUCGUUCGGAUUUUAGCGAAGAUGAGGGAAGAGAAAAAAAAAUUCUAUUUUCGAAAAGAUUAGUAAGGUCUGUCAAUUCAAGGCUUCCGGGGAUUUCUUCUCUUCCUCCCGGAGCAGAACGAGUCUAUGAAGAUCCGUAUCAACGUCAUAGAAAGUAUAUAGCGCAGUACCUUAAAUUUUACAAGCCUGAAGGAGAUUUGCACAAACACGAUAAAGAUGUUAUUACUGAACGUGAUAUCGUUAAAGCAGAAAACAGGCAUAAAGUUUUAAUAUUUUUCAAAUAA